AUGCCGGUAUCGAGCCACCCACCCACCAUGAAUCCCACUGUAGAGGAGGUAGAGGACGAGAGUAAGCCUAGUCCUGGUAGCGGUAAUUCCGAUACCGCGCAGCAGCCAUUGUCAUGGGCUGAGGUUUGCUCGCAGCAUGAAUCGCUGCUGGCAUCGCACUUGGCGCUGCUGCAGCAGGUCCAGGGCGAAGUUCCGUCCAAUGGCGACGCAUCGCGGUUGGUUUCCAACAUGCUGGAGCGGACGAAGAAGUUGAUGAUGCAGUUCAAGGUCAUCAAAGGAAAAUUUGUGAAGAACCUUGGCGCCGAGAAAAUCUCGCGCGCAGGUCCUGCUGAUCUGGAUAUGACAUCUUCCCAUCAGGAGGGUGAUUCGUCUGGAAAUGAUCUGCGGGCGAAAGGUCGGACGAAACGAGCUCGCACAGAGUGCAAUGAGAGGGAGAGUGCAAUACCGCUGGCCGCGGCUCAAGCUGUCCUCCCUGAGCAUCCCCGUCACCACAAGCGCAAGCGCCUGAUCAAGGUGCAAUCUGGGGAUGAGGUGGACGUUAGAAACAUCACCCCGGUGUCAAUUGAGACGGAAGACAUCUCCGAGGAAGUCCAACGACGACUGGCUAUUCGAGAAGAACAGCGCAGAAAGCGGAGCACCGCCAAAGUCGAGAAGCGAAAGAGAGACAGCAUGACCUCCACCGGGAGUGCAGCGUCUCCCGGAGCUGUUACGAGACAUCCCAGAAAAAAAAUGAGAGCGAUGGACAGCGCAUGA